AUGCUGCUCGUCAGUGGGCAGUCAUGUCCUGAAAUCUACAUCUUCGGCGCCCGCGAGACGACGGCUUCCGCUGGGUUCGGAUCUGCCGGCGCAAUGAUUGACAAGAUCAUCGCCGAUCACCCCAACGCGACAUCAGAAGCCAUCACCUACCCAGCAUGCGGCGGCCAAUCUUCUUGCGGCAGCGUCUCUUACGGAGACUCCGCCAAGGCGGGGACGAGUGCCGUGGCGACGGCCGUCAAUGACUUCAACACAAAGUGCCCAGACACGCAUAUUGUGCUAGUUGGUUAUUCGCAAGGAGGUCAGAUUAUGGACAACGCCCUUUGUGGUGGUGGCGACUCGGGUGCUGGCAUUACCGACACAACCGUCCCCAUUUCUGCCAGUGCUGUGAAGAUGAUUAAGGCCGCAAUUCUCAUGGGAGAUCCCCGAUAUGUCUCUGGGUUGGCAUAUGGAGUUGGAACUUGCACAAGCGGAGGGUUCGAUGCCCGAGCCUCUGGCUUUGUAUGCCCCAGCGCGAGCAAGGUUCAACUAUACUGCGAUGCCGAAGACCCAUAUUGCUGCAACGGAAACGACGCCGCGCAUCACCAGCAAUAUGUUAGCAUCUACGGCGACAAGGCCUUGACCUUCGUCAACAGCAAGCUCGCCACCUCGACCGACACUUCUACCGAUGCCGCGACCAGCAGCGCGGAUACCAGCACUCAGGUUUCGACGACCGGAACUAGUAGCAGUGGUAGCAGUGGCACGACUUGCUCUGCGCUAUGGGGCCAGUGUGGUGGCCAGCAAUGGACCGGCGCAACAUGCUGUUCAGCGGGAACCUGCAAAGCGCUGAACCAAUAUUAUUCGCAGUGCCUGAACUAG